CUUUUUCUCUAUCUUCGCAGUUAAUAGCUAACAGCUCCCUUGUAGAUUCUCUUUCUAGGCAAUAAAUCACCCAAAAUUAGCGUCUACCACUACCAACCAUUGAACCCUGACUCUCUCUUCUCUUUCUUUCAUUUUCUUUCUCUGUUUGUGUUUCUCUUCUGCAUUUCUCAGAAACAGGGAUGAAACAUACAACUUUAGUCUCAGACGACAUUUUCUCUCGUUGAUGGCUCUGUCCCAGUUUCUUUUUUGACCCGUUCUUUCCCUGGUCUAUUUUGAUGCAAAAUUGAUAAUGGGAAUCGAGGAUUCUUUGCAUCUCUGAAUGAAAAAUCAAGAUUCCUCAGAUUUUGUGUCCCAUCUUAAUCAUUUUGGGGACCUACCCAUUUCAUUCAUUUCCUCGAUUGCCCACAAGGAAAAGAAAAUUUGCUCCUUAUGCCAAAUGCCCAAAACCUAGAGUGCUGGUACCAAAUCCAGAAAACGAGGAUUUGGAAGAACCCACUAGACCCAUUUCCUUGAUUUUUGUCUACAGCGAGGGAUUCUUGCGAUCAAACCCUAGUUCUCUGUUUUCUAAUCUUGAGAACCCAAAUUCUUGAAUUUAAAGCAGAGUGAAAGGAAUUCAAGAAUUUGGGUUCGUACCCACAUGCAAGAACCUCUUGAAUCAUCUUAUCAAACCGCUAUUUUCUUUUGAAUUUCUUAUUUCAUGGAAACGCAGUUCUCUACCCUGAUCUUUGUGAUUUUAGGGCUUGUAUGCAAUUUCUGUGCUUUUUUUGUUGAUUCACAAUCACAAAAUGUCCUGGCAUCAUCCGCAUUUGUAAGCCCAUCGCCUCCUCCUCCUCCUCCUCCUCCGCCGCCGCCACCGCCACCACCGUCUCCUCCACCGCCAUCUCCACCACCGCCAUCUCCAACUCCACCUUCACCAUCAACAUCUCCACCCUCCCCUCCGCCACCAUCCAUAUCACCUCCCGCACCGCAAUCACCAUCACCUUCAGCACCAAAAUCACCACCACCUCCACGCAUAUCACCAUCUCCACCACGUUCUAAAAACAGUCCUCAGCCGCCACCGCCACCGCCACCGCCACCAAGGAAUAAGUUACGCGAAACCUCCUCAAACGGGAACAUGGCAGGGCAUCAAUCACUUUCAACAAUGCAAAGUAAUCACGAAAUGAACACAGGGCAGAAGAUUGGGUUGUUGUUUGUGGGUAUUGCAGCGAUUUUGCAGAUUGGUGUUGUUGGGUUCUUGGUGUUCAAGAGAAGGCAGCUUUUGAGGAUCCAAGAUAGAUAUGAAACUUGCUCUUCCUGAAUUUUCAGCAUUUUCAAGUUCAUAUAAUUGAUGCUUUAGGGGAGCUUUUAUUGAAAUUGAAGAUUCUUUGUUCAAAUUCUUUGGUGGGUGGUGGGAGAAUGCAAAAGAUUGAUUUAUUGAUGCAAAUGGCAGAUCAUUGGGUAGCAAAUUUGGGGGUUGAUUCCUCUGUUCAGGUCCUUGAGGUCUUUCUGUAAAGUGGUAUUUGCUGAUUGGCAUUUUCUUAAUCUUGUUAUUGAAUUUCAUUUUCUAAUAUAGUUCUAUCCAAACGGCUUACAAUCCAGAGAAGAGUCGAGCCAUUUCUUUGUCAUUUCACAGUUUUUUUGCUAACAUACUUGUAAACAAUGUCUGGAGUCAUGGAAAUUGGAAAAGAUUGCAAUGACAAUUUUCAGUUCACAUUCUUUUA